GUUUGGAUAAUGAUGUAAUAAUUUGUUCUUAUAAAGCUAUGCUAGUUGUGAUGUAGAAUUUGCAAAUAAAACAUGCAAACUGAAGUUCCUACGUUGCCUGUAGUACACUUUAAUGCCCAUAAGAAUCUCAAUAGAAAACAAAAUUCUAACUUAGGAAGGUCAUCAGUGGAAACAAAAAUUAAUUCAUCUCACAAAAAUAUAGCAUAUCUCUCCUAUAAGAAAAAAAACCUACAUCCUCUACUUGUACGACCAUAUCAAAGUAAUGUUCGACAAUGUCCUUCUUUGGAACAAUCAAAACCUAAUAAGAGUAACAUUGAACAAAGAGUUCUGUCUGCAAAAAUGUUACGUAUUAAAGAACUACAAAAUCAGUUGGCGGAUGCUCACUAUCGAUUAAAUGAAUUAGCAACUGAAAACAAAUUAUUACGAGCAUUACAGAAAAGACAAGAUUCUGCAUUAAAACGUUAUGAAGGAACAAAUGCUGAACUUCCGCGGAUUAUUAAUUCACAUCAUGAGGAAUUGAGAGUACUUCAGAUUAAAUAUAAAAAAUUAAAAACUUUACAAAAGGAAACAUGUAAUUUAUUAAAGGAAAAAGAAAAUGAGCUUCAACAAUUACAGUCACAAAAUAAACAUCUAUUACAACUUAGUAAGGAUCGUAAUUUGGGAGAGAGAGAAAAGUUACAAAUAGAAGUUUCUGAUUUAAAUCAUAGAAUACAACAACAACAAGAUACCAUACAGACACUACAUAAAAAACUAACUCUUGAAACUAAAAGUUUAAAACAACAAUUGCAUCUAGAAAUUUCUAAGCGUAGAGAAACACAAAAACAUUUAGAUGAAACAACAGAAAAAUUAAGAUCUUUAGAAAAUUUACUAGAUAAUAGAGAACGAAGAUUAUAUUAUAGUGGACAAUUAUUGUUUCCUGAUAAGAAUCGACGUUUUGGCACACAGUCUCUCACAAACCUAAGAGAUAUUAGCUCAUCAAAUCCAUUAAAGAUACCAAGUAAAAACAAAAAAUGGCAAACAGAUAUCCAAAAAGACAGUUUGCCCAUGCUUCAUACAUCUGAAUUAAAUGAAAAGAACAUCAAAACAGAGGAAAGGAUAAUUUCAAAUCAAACUUUAGACUGUAUAAAAUCUGAAACAAUGACAAACUUGGAACAAGUACGAAGAUAUCGUCUUCAAAAAUCGCCAUACAAAAAUACAUUGAAUAAUUCAGAAGAAAAAUCCAGGGAAAUAGAUUUAGCUAUAAACGAAAAUUCAGAGUUUUCAAUAGGUUUAGAAAAAUCAGAACAAUUAGAAAAACAACAUAAAGAGGAGGGGGAAUAUCAAAUAAGCGCAGGUAAAUUUAGAAAAAUAUAUAACAACCGAAAAUGUCAAAAUUUUAUCAGUUCAUCUGGAGGUAGCGAAAGCGAAAAUGAAAAUGAACAUGAAAAUGAUAAAAAUAAUUAUACGAAUGCAACUAACAAUUCUAAGCAACUGCAUGCAAGAUUAAUUAGCAGUGCAGAUGACACUUCAGAUUCAAAAGAUUCUGAUUGUAAAUAUAGAAAUAAAUUGAGGGUUUUAGUAAGAGAAAGAAAAAAUUCCUAUGUAAGUGAUUCAGAAAUAGAAUCUGAAAUAAGAAAACAAUCAAUUGAACAUUACUUGACAGUGAAUCGUCAAAAUGAUACACUCAAAUUAAUUUCAUCUGUUUAUGACAAUCAAGCUCAUUAUGACUCUGAUAAAGAAACAGAAAAAUUUACAUCUUCAAAAAAUAUAUUAAAUGAAUCACAGAAUGUUUAUCAAUCUUUAAUUGAUGAAAUGCAUAUAAAAACUAAAAAUGUAGAAAAUGAAAACAUAUAUGCUCAAUACGAUAUACACACAGAAUAUAAAAACUCAGGCAAUAUAGAAAACUAUAUGUGUGAACAAACUCCACCUAAAAUACAAGAAUUUAAUAAUGUAAGUAUGAAAAAAGAUGAUUUUAAAAAUGAAUCAUCAUUACAAACAUAUUUUAAAGAUGGACAUGACGUAUCAUUCAAAACUAAUAAUAUAGAGCCAGUAGAUAUUGAAUCAAAAAUAUCACACACGAAUGAAACUCUUUUUAAUGGUACACAAAAAAGAUUUUCUACACAAGAUUUAUUAAAUUCUUCACAGAAUUUAAAUAAAGCAACAAUAAACAAAGUAGAUACAACAGAAGUAGGAAUAUUAAGUGAAAAUAUGCUGCUACAGAACUAUAGUUUAGAAACAAAAAAUAAAUUAAAUAAGAAUGAGUUUCAAAAUGUUGAUAUGAUUUCACACGAUGUACAAUCUCAUGAUAAUGAUUCAGUUCAUGAUAUAUUAACUGAUGUUAGUACUAUGUCUGAAAGCAAUAUAAAAACAAAAAUGACAGAUUAUAACAAAGAAAAGUUAUUAGCAUCAAUGAAAGCUAUUGAUAAUAAUGAAAACAUUGAAUUUCUAAACCAAGAUUAUGAAAAACAUAAUGUAACAAGAAAAAAGCAAAUGAUAGAAAAUGUGUUCCCUGAUUUGCCAUCCCACAUGAAGAAAAAGCAAGAAAUUAUUAAAGAUAUAUUUGAUACUGAUGUAAUUAAAAAUGAAUCAACAGAUAAUUGUAAUAAAUUACACUGAAAUAUAAAUGAAAAAAAGAAAAAUACUAAAAUAUCUGCAAGGACAAAACAUAGACUAUAUAAAUAAUUAUAAUAUGUGUGUAACUAUAUUUUUUUUAUAAUACAGAUAUUACUAUACAUACAUGUACAUCUCUAUUUUAUGAGAGGUUAGGAACUUCUUAUUUAAUGUAAUAAAUUAUUUAAGGAUAUGCUAUUAAAAGCUUUGUACAUCUUUUA